AUGACUGAACUGAUCCGUCAGAAAAUGCUGACUUUUCGAUUCACUGAAUUGCAGCGCGGUGUGGUGCACAGAGACUUAAAGUUGCAAAACAUCCUGUUGGAUUCGAACAAGAACGUAAAACUUGCCGAUUUCGGACUGUCCGACUAUUUCUGCGAUACCAGCUCAUUGAAAGCUUUCUGUGGUACCCCGAAAUAUGCUGCUCCAGAAAUGUUCUUCGGAUAUGCAUACAGAGGUCCAGAGGUUGACUGCUGGAGUUUGGGAGUUGUUCUUUACAAAAUUCUUUAUGGGCAUGUGCCAUUCGCUGCUCGUAGUUUUGCGAAACCAGCCAAUCAAAUGAUUCGCGGAGUAUAUACCGAUCCUAAUCCUAAUUCAACAGUAUCGACGCUGAUCAGCAGUAUGUUACGCAUUUCUGGAGCAUGCCGAGCAAACAUCGAUGAAAUUGCUAACCAUUGUUGGCUGAAUUAUGAUGCAAAUACGCCUACUAUCCGGGAUCUCCCAGAGAACCAGAUUGUCGAUCGCAUGCAUUUGGCCGAACAAGCGGAAACACUGCCAGUGCAAGAUUUCACCAGUGAAUUUGAUACAUUCUUCGAGCUAAAUCAAUUGAGUGUCUCCGAUAGGUUUUUUUUUAUAUUGUAUUUUUUGAAAUAUUUGUUUAUAUGA